GGUGAGCAGGGGCGAGUGGGCUACGUCGAGCCGGUGGGCAAUGAGGAGGGCGAGGACUCCGACACUGUUGGGGUCACCCAGAAUGACAUCAUGGACGAGGACCAGCAGGAAAACACGGGCGAUGAUGUGGUCCUCAUGCAGAAGAGCCCGCUGCAGGACUACGAGCAGGUGCUGCAAAAUCUUCUGAAGGCUAUGGAUGAGAUGACCGGGCCAAAAGCUGCCAGGCUCAGCGGGUUCGAGAGGCUGAGCGCGCUGGUAGCAGCGUUCGAGAGUGACCCUCCUGAUCUUCGAGGAGAUGAAACCCAGUGGUGCCUAGACAUGUGGCAGCACAUACGACCUUUCCUGGAGGACGUAGCGCUGCCGAGGGGAGUGAAAGUUGAAGAGCGACCUCGGCCCAGCAAUGCCACGGACCAGGAAAUAGUAGUGGUGGACAGCCAGGAACCAGUGAUGGAGGAUGGGAGCAAGCGGCAAAUGGUUCAGCUGGAAAAUGGCACACAGAGGGACCUGACAGAGGAGGAAAAGAAGAGAUGA